AUGGAGUCCCCCCUCAAUGUUGGAGACAUCACCACAAACUCCAUACAGAACCGAUUGAGCGAAACCCAUUUGGGGUCCACCUGUUCGUCUCUUAUCAACUCAGCAAUAUAUUCAGGCCAGCGGGUGAUCCAGUUGACGUUGAAUCUCCAGAUCACCAAGGAGAACAGCGCAGGAAACACUCCUGGAGCCUCCAGCCUAGUCAUCUUGAGACGAGUCAAGGACUCCUACAUCAAUGUGUCCCAGCUCUUCCAGAUCCUCAUCAGGUUGGGCCACUUCACCUCGGGCCAGGUGGAGAACUACUUCCGCAACGAGAUCCUCAGCAACAUGCAAUACGCAGGCUCCGGUGCUGGGAACGUCCAGUACAACGACUACCGCAACCACGACAAUGUGCAGCUCCAAGGCUUGUGGAUCCCCUACGACAAAGCCGUCAGUUUGGCGUUGAAAUUCGACAUCUACGACUUUGUCAAGAAGCUCUUCCUCAUAGACGUGCACGACUUCGACAAGUUGCCGCCCAGAUCCGCUAAACGGUUGUACGAAGACGAAGAUGACGACGACGACCAGUCUCCGUCGUUGAUGGGCUCGCCCACCAAGAGACAGAAGGUCAAGGACGACGCCAAGCGCACGCCAGACCCGCACGAUGACGGCCAGGCGUUCGCGUCCAGCCGUAACAAGAGCAUCAAAUUGAGCUCCAAAAAUCCCAACUUCCCCUACACGUUGCCUCCCAUCACCAAAUACAACGAGGAGGUAGCCACCGACUUGAAGUUGAAGCUAGGCGAGUUGUUUAAGCUCGACGAGGCAAAAAACUCGGCACUCACCUUGAAGGAAGUGUCUGCAGUGUUUCAGCCAUUGCUCACUUCGUCGUCGAAGUUGGUACUCGACAUUCCGUUGGACCAAAAGGGCCAGACUGCGCUCCAUUUCGCGUCCACGCUCGCCUCCUCGGUCCUAAUAUCAUCCUUCAUUGACCUAGGCAUUACCUCGCCCAUCAGAGGCAACCUGAACGGAGAAUCGCCGCUUGUUUCCACUAUCCAAGUCACCAACUCGUUGGAAAAGGGCAACUUCAACGAGAUUCUCACCAACUGGUUGUUUCCUAACAUCUGGUUGUUCGACAAUAAGAAAUGGACGAUUUUCCAUCACUUGAUAUUCCAGGCCACCAAGAAGUUCGACAGCAGCAAGUUCUACUUCAAGAAGAUCAUCGAAUACGUGGUGUCGAACGAAAAGCAUCUCAAAGACUUCAUUGAAAAAUUGAUAAAUUCCAAGGAUGAAGAGAAUGGAAACACCUGCUUGCACCUUGCAGCCGAGUACGAGUUGAAGUGGUUCACCAAGGUGUUGGUAUUGUUGAAAGCCGACGUGAACAUAGCCAAUAAUGGAGGCAUCAAGCCCAUCGAUUUUGAUGCAGUCAAGGAUAUCGUCGGUCCUGAGGAGACGGUGUCAGGAAAGAAGACUACGGACGAAGACGAGGACGACGUGCACUUUUUCGAGUUGAUCACCACCAGCACCGAAUUCUUGGAUCAGAGAUUGGCUAUCAACGGAAACAUCGACGAUAUUGAAGACCCCAAAGACUUGGACGAGUUCAAGCCCAGCGAGGAGCAUGUCGCUUCGCCCACGGAACCCGAAGACUCCAAGUCUUCCAACAAGAUUUUCCAAAGCAUCCAGAACCUUCUCAAAAAUACAAAUCUUGAGUACGAGAGCAUAUUGAAUUCCAAGAGACUGCAAAUCAAGAACCUCAAUCAGGCAGUCAACGACGCAGUAAUAGUGACUGCCAACAACAGAUUCACAACCAAGAAGAUCUCAGAAAAGCUCGUGCUCUUGGACAACUUAAAGCUCCAGAUCUCGAACAUCAACGACAAAUUGAACUCGGAAAGCGCCGAAGAGGCCUCCGAUUCUGGUCUCCAGGAACAGCAGUACAUCAUCCAGCCACUCUUCCAGCGCAUGGUCGCCGACGAACCCAUAGAUGACUUGAAAAACGACCCCCAGCUCCACAACCAGUUGCAGCCAGUGCCCAUUUUGAACGCCAGAAUCAAUGCAUACAAACAAGUAAAUCAGAAGUUGGAGGCAGAAUUAACCAGCUUGUUGGACUACAGCGAGUUGACCUCUAAAUUCAAGAAGGUGGUAAGUAUCUGCACUGGAGUUGAUAUCAACGAGGUGGACGAGUUGUUGGAUGGUUUGUUGGAAGCAGUAGAGGGCCAGCAGUAG